GUUGCUUGGCAACGGAACUCAAACGGUCGACUUCAACUUUAUUCAGGAGUCAGACUGCGAGGACAUGAGUGCUGGACGGGCACCCGAGGGUGCUGGCUGCAUCACCUGGUGGGGGUUCAGUCCGGCGCGCGACCUGCUGAGCACAGGCCCGGUGAGACCUCGAGGGGACAUCAAUGUGUUGCUGGUGGGCAGUGGAGAUCCGCGACAUAUUCUGAAGACCAUUUCUGGUUUGCAGAACCACGAAAACCUUCAUGUGUGGGUGAUAGAAGACUGCAUGGAGGUGGUGUCCAGACAGCUGCUGCUCCUCUACCUGGCACUGACGCCACAGGAAAGCAUGGGAAAUAAUGAGAAGACGGAGGUUUUCUUGGAGGUGUUUGGGAACGGUGAGAUCCGCGGCCACACAGAAGAGAGACUGAGACGCGCCGCAUCACAGCUGAUCGUGUCCGUCACCGAGUCUCUGGAGACAGCCACACACCCCGCUCUGAACACAGCUCUUCUCAAGUUCAAGGAGCGAGAUGAGUUGACCGGGAUUUUCCAGAUGUGGAUCCAGCCUCGGCCUUCGUCGUCCUCAUCUGAGUGCGCUGCCCCCGUCUCGAUGUCCAAAGCCUGGGAUUAUCGGGUCAGGCAGCACCUUGGAACACGCUACGACUCCAAGAGGAAUUGCUUUGACUGGGACCUCCUAAUGAAACUACACGAGAAAGGGUGUGGCGUCAUUAACAAACAGCAAUAUGCACGGUGGAGGGAACGGGGUCUGGCGUUCGAACUGCGGGAAGGUGUCUACCAAACAAGCAACCCGAGUUUGCUCUCGUCCAGAGUGUUCCGUCAAAAAGGGGGAAAAGUGUCUUACAGGGGCUACUGGGGGGACAUUGUUUCCAGUCCUUACCUCUCCUUCGGGAUUGAAACCGAUGACACGAACCUGCUCAGGACGCAGAAUGGGCAACACAUCUCGACGGCCCAGGAUAUCUCUGUCGCAAAUGUACAAGAACUGUUCCGGUCCCUGUCCAGUAGACGGAGCUGCUCCACCACCUCUCCGUCGGAGGCAGAGCAGGCGUCUCCUGAGGCUGACCCGAAAUCUGUCCCCGUUCACGGCUUGAUGCGGCCGGAUGGGAUCUCCGUGACCUUCCUCCCGUCGGACGCACUUUACAAACUGCCAGAGAAACUGAAAUACUCCCGCUUCUUUAGCACCAUCUACUUCUCUGCCAGCUGCGUGAACCAGCUGGGCCCGACCAUCCGGCAGAUUGCAGCACCAGACGCCGUGCUGGUCGUGGAGCUGGCCAAGUACAUUUUGGAUCUGACUAAGGAGCAAGCAGCGGGCUUUGCAGAGAAAGUGGCGAGCAUGGCUCUGGAGGCUGAAUUUGAGCCGUGGCGUGACGGGAAGAGCGAUGACGUCCAUGCUGUUUUCAUACCACGGAGGAAGUAAAGGUGGUGCCUUUGUUCUGCUCCCUUUGACAGCAGCUUUAUGCAACAGUCCAGGUGGCUGUAAGAGAUGAAAUCAACAUCGUCUCACCUCCCUCCCCCGGGUCCUCAUCUUCCUCUGGAGAAAGGAAGAUGAUGGCGAUUGAGUGGAUGACUAGACAUUGACAUUUUUACUUUGCCGAAUGAGCGAGUGAAUGUCCUUACCUUCUUGAUGGCGUCUGAAUAGAUAACAAUUGAACAAACAGGAGCAGAUAAGGAGGAGGAGGAGGAGGAGGAGAAGCACACGGCCUACCUGAAGAUCAGAUGAUGGAAACAAGGGGAGUCACAGCUAGAGAGCACACACUGCUUUAUAUAAGGGGUCUUCUGGGGUCACGGAGAGGAGACGUCAACGCUGAUGAAAUGUGUGUGUGUGUGUGUGAGAAGCAAGAUUUAGAAAAGAGUGACAGGGGACUAGAUGUGGAUUAUUGUGAGCAUCUGCUGGAGUCUGACGGGCAGGACGAUGAGCGACGGGUUGGUUGAUGACCUCACAGCUGAAACAGGACACACAAAGACAGGUGGCAGGAAAUAGACAGAGACAAGCCAGUUCUGUGUUGGGACACAUUGAGAUCCCGUCCCGGGGUUCUUCUUCCUUUUCAUGAUUAAUAAAUCUUUAUCUUUGAACAAACCUUUUGCUGCCACUUGGGAGUGUGACGCUAUUCAUCUGUGUGUCCAUAUGGGGACAUUCGAAGGAAACAGGAAAAGGUUGUGCAGGCGAUGAUACGUCAGCAGGCUCUAACUACGUGUUUACAUGUUAAAAAUGCAACAUUUUCGUGAUAGUCAAAUACCACCUGAUGUAGGCAAAAGCAAGCAGCAAACAUUUCCAUAUAGACAAAUAGGAAAAGUUCUUUGGUAAAACCUACAGCACAUAAGAGGCAAUGAGACGUCCUGCAGAAGUGCACUUCAUCUCCUCCAAAGAAACACCUGCACACCAGGUAAGAACACUAGUUGGGACAUUUGGGCUUCAUGUAGCGUUUUUAUUUCAUCCAGCUAACAAGCAUUUGUGUAAUGUGCAAUAACCACAGUGAGACCCUGUGUGUACAUAAACAUUUACUUUCUUAGUUACAAGUAUAUUCAGUUACUGUGGGUUUUUGCAUUUAUUUCUUCUUUUUUUGUCUUAUUAUUAAUAUAUAUUCUUCUUGUUGUUUUUUUUACCAUGUAUCUUGUGUGUACUUUCAUAGAAGAAACUAUGCUCCGCCUGGUGAUUCUACUGCUCGCUUCAAGUUGCGUCACUCUGUGUUCACUCUUCUCCCGAGAGUAUCACCUGAUAAACGAGCAUAAGACAUGGGACGGGGCCCGAGCUUACUGCAGACAGAACCACAGUGAUCUCGCCACCAUCGGCAACAGGGACGACCUGGACAUACUUAGGAACAUGACCAACGCCAUCGGCUGGACUAAGGACACCUGGAUUGGACUUAGAAUGGGCACGGGGUUCUCCUGGAAGUGGUCCGUAGGAGAGCCUGAGAACAUUGCUGUGUACACUAACUGGGCCGCUGCACCAGGCUCGGGUUCCUGUGGCAGCGUGGCGGUUGGUGGGAAAUGGCUCGCAGCCUCCUGUGGAUCAACACUGGGGUUUAUCUGUAAGGAAGGUAAGGGCCUCGCUUUGUUAGUUGUUUCUACAGAGGUGUCCUGGUGGGAAGCCCGGCAGCACUGCCUGCAGAGAGGUACUGACUUGGCCGUCGUCAGGAACCAGGCGGAAAACCAGAUGUUACGGAGCAUGUUUAAUGAAAGCAAAGCUUUCUGGGUGGGUUUGUUCAGAGAUGAGUGGCAAUGGUCGGACCAGAGCGACAGUUCUUUCCGAUCCUGGGAGAUCGCUCAGCCAAACAGCGAUGGAUCAUGUGCAUUGCUUAACAUGCCCAACACAUGGUUUGACAGAGCUUGUGGUAACCGCUAUCCUUUCAUCUGUCACACCGGUGAGCGUCCAAUGUCUGUUGCAGUCUGAUUCAGUCCAGUGCAGCAUCGCUUUUCCUCUUAAUAUCAUCCUCAACAUGAUUUAUUUGACAAAACAAACAAAAGUCAUUUUUAUUUUUUGUUUAGAAAAAGAAGUAAGAAAACAGACCAUUGUGAAGGUGGAAAUGAAGUCAAAUUCAGACCUGAAUGACCCGACUGUGAGUGAAGCCAUUCUGAACCAAAUCCAACAGAAGUACGGCAUGGUCAAGCUUCAAUGGAGAAUCCAGCCGGACGGAAAGAUUUUCCACAAAAAAGAAAAGAAGGAAAUCAAAGAAACCUGUAAAAAUAAAGUAAAGUCGACGUUAUGAAAUGAUCUGCAGUGCAAAACAAGACUUGACAAUUACUCCUGAAAACAUGCAAAGGCACCUUAAGGGUGAAAGAUAAAAUUACAGUAACAUCAUGAGAAGUAAAAAAAAAAAUUAUGUUUUUUUUUUUUUUAAAUGCUCUUUGGAAAGAGACUUUGUUGCAUUUGACAAAUACAUUUUUUCAAGUCUUUUUAAGUUUUUAAGUCAAUAACGUAGCAUUUUUAAUACCCUGCAGUUAGGAUACGUGUUGAAAUGUAUCUGAGAAGCAUUAUAUAUAUUUCAUUAUGUAGGUUUAGUAAGUGAUAGAAAGAUGUCUCACCUUUUAGGUGUUUCCUACUCCCUUCUAAACGUAUCUUACAUCUUUAUUUUAUUCAGAAUUUGUUUGUUUUCUUAUAUUUUGUUGCAUAUUUUAUCUAAUAUAUUUAUUACAUGAUAUUUAUAAUAGUUUUGAUAUGAAUUAAAAUCUUUAACUGCAAAGUAAUAAUGUGUGUUUGAUACUUUUUUUGCAUUGAAUCAUACUCGAAUGAUUACUGAAACUGGCCCUACCGAAAACAAUCCACCAGCCGCCACUGGGCCUAGAUGUGGAUUAUUGUGAGCAUCUGCUGGAGUCUGACGGGCAGGACGAUGAGCGACGGGUUGGUUGAUGACCUCACAGCUGAAACAGGACACACAAAGACAG